GCUGCCGGAGGGACAGUCGGUUUUACGUGGCAAAGGAAACGUGUUCACCACCGGUCGUGCAUAUCUGUCGUGUCGCGUGUCCAACGCUAACCACUUAUCGACGAUUUAUCGGUAAUCCUUCGGUGACAUGUCAUGUGAGUAAGCAGAUGUGAAUAUCUGACGUGUUAUGGCGUGGAAGUGGUGGCCAACCAUUGCGGUACCAUCGUUCUUGUCCAAAGACACCGGGAUAUAUUGUCGCAUUAACGCCCAGCUGUGUUGAGUCUCCGUGGAAACAUGAAGAUACCACCCCUGUCAUGACCCAGUAUCGCGGACACGCGUGUGGAUGAGGGUAAACCAUCUCAGCGAGAGGGAUGUCUGAAAGCGAGGGAGAGCAAGUAGCUCGAUCGGUGGCCCUUGAGCAAGCCUACGUCCAUGAGGUUUACGAACAAUGCGCCGAAAAGACUGUACAGAGCAAACACUGGCCACGGAUCUAUCAGUUUCUGGAGGAACUGGAACCUGGUGCCCUCGUGUGUGACAUUGGUUGUGGCAACGGGAAGUACCUGAGCGUUAAUCACAGCAUCUUCAAGGUGGGAGUGGACCGGUGCAAACGUUUCACGGAUAUCGCGCGUGAGAAGGAGAAUGAGGUGCUGAUUUGCGACAAUCUAGCGUUACCGUUUCGAGAUGAGAGUUUCGACGCGGUCCUCUCGAUUGCCGUGGUACACCACUUUGCCACAACAGAGAGGAGAGUCCACGCGCUCAGAGAGCUAGCGCGUGUACUUCGGAUCGGUGGUCGCUUAGUGAUAUCAGUAUGGGCUAUGGAACAAAGGCACAGGAAGUUUGAAUCUCAAGAUGUAUUAAUACCAUGGCCCAAGGCGUACUGCAUGAAUUCAACGCCAGAAAAAUCAAAACGUUCAGGUGCUCCAAGAAAUGCCAGUUUCAAUCAGAACACUCAAAAAUUUUUGUCAUCUUCCAAAAGGAACAGCCAACGAAAAUGCAAGAGCAAGAGUUAUUGGAUCGACCCAAUAUUCAGUCCAUCACCAUCUACCAGCAGUCUGUCAAGUCCUAACGAGACCUGUUAUAGCUUUUUCCGUCGAGCUUUGCAGAAACUAGCAGGAGGCAGGCGGGGCUCCGGAAAUCGUCCUUGGUUUCUGGAGAGCUGGCAAAGCGGCAGCGGAAAGAACCGAAAAGAUUACGAACAAGAAGAACCUCCAGACGCGGACGAGCUGCCGAUCGAAUUACGUUGCGUGGAAGACGUUAAUGUUACUCUGAACAAACAAUCAGACUCGCUGAGCAUCAAAUCGAAGAGCCUUGGCGAUAUCCUGGAGAUUCAACGGCUGGACCUCGUGCGAUCCAGGUCCAGCAUACCCGGCCUCUGUUCCAUGCUGACGUCCGAACUGAAUUUGGACGGCGAAUCCAGGACGUCGUCGUCGUCUAUAAGCUGCUCGAAGCCACGGUUGGUGAAACAGAAAUCUCACUUCGUGGAUGACGUCAGUUUGGAAAAUCCUGACAACACUGCCAUUCAAGAACUAACUAAGGACGUUCCAGACUUUCAGGUAACACCUACUCACAAUUCAAAGCGGGGAAGCAUCCUGAAACAAAGCUCCAUGAACGAGGAGAUAAUGUCUGCGGAGAGGUUGGAAGAGAAGGAGAGGGUUCGACGGAAUAUAAUGAAGCAAGCGUCUCUAAACGAGGACAUCAUCUGCAAAGGCAAGACGUUCGAAUCCCUCAGGGACUCCCUUUACUCCGCUAACGCGACUAAAAGGUUUCAACUGUUAAAAAGUGGCCUUACGAAUAAGAUCAAACAGUCGACCACGAAUAUCGAGGUGUCAGGUAUAUCCAUUAAGAACGGCUUUGUGAAGAUUCUUCAGGGAUGGAAGUCCGCUGAAAGCGAUAUAUCACCGACGCCCUGUAACGGUACAUCGAACGACGAAGCGUCAAGAACGAAGGGCAGUGAAAAGAUUCCACCCACGACACCGACGAAGAGGGAAGUAGAGGGUGUAGAGAGGCGGUUGUCUCGGGAGGAUGGUUCAGACUCGUCGAAAGACAGCAGUUUGCAAAGCGACACAAGCGUCGAUUCCGAGGAUAGUUUCGCGUCCGUGAUUUACGUGCCAAAGCCGGACGCUCAGACAUCGAUAGAUAUUAUACCACCCUCCACGGGUCAUCAACUAAGUAGCACCUCGGCACCUCCUUCGCCGCGGGUCAAACAUCCGCCUGAUACGCAUAAUUCCAGGCUCAAACUCAUCUCCAUGUCUCCCCUGCUUAAACAGUUCCCAGCUACGAGUAAGUCUCUGCCACCGCCUAGUCCACCCGGCUUGUCUCCUCGUUCCCUGAAUCCCGUAUUCACUAGACCGUUUUUCGGCCCCACAAGUGUCGUUAGUCAACCGUCUCUUGAUGCAACAAACGGUACAAAAAGAGCGGACGUUUUGAACGGUACCUACCAGUCGGUGGACUCGGAGCUACAGGUAAAUAAGAAGAACGCCGAGAACGAUGUAUGUAGAAGGAAUAGUUUCUUGGAGGGAAAGAAGCCCACUCUACAAGCCAUACGCGCGUACCGAUCGAUGACCGAAACUCUGGAGGUCGUCGAAGAACCGCAAACUGUUAAGGACACCGCACCCCUUCUGCCGAAAACCGAACAAGAGGAUACUCCUGAAGUACCGAUGCAGGAGAAGAGCAACCAUGACAUUAGCAAGGAGGAGGAGAAUCGUAAGGCCAGGUUGAAUCAGAUCAAGGAACUGUUGAAGCAGAAGCCAGGUUUUGCCACCAGGACCAAACCGUCGUUUCCUUUGGUUAGAAGAGCUUCGACCACGGCCAGCGGUCGUCUGGAAGCCGUCACCAAAGUUUUACCACGGUUACUGUCGUUGGAGCUGUUCAAUCCUGAGACCGAUGACCUCGACAGCGACUCCAGCGGAGUCUCUUCUCCAGAGUCGGUGGGUUCGGUGAUUAGCGUAAUAUCUGACGAAAGGUACAUGGCAAAGAAAGAUAAUAACAAGUCGGAAUGCACCGAGUCAGAAGUGUUAGACAGUUCAGCGGAGAAUGUCUCUGACCCUAGCGACAUAACUGCCGACGAAUCAUCCGGUUGCGUAGCUGAUUCGAAGGAGGACGAGGCGAAAACUGCGACGGAUAGUUCUUCGUCCCAUUCUUCAAGGUUUCCAGAAAGUUCUGCCUUGGGUGGGUCCUUGGAGAACGAUGGUACUGUGCAACAAGAAGGAGCUGACUCAUCCAGCUCCAGUGAGAGCAAGGUAACGAAGCCCAGUAUUGAGAUGCCGGAAGUGGAUGCGACCUGGAACGAGGAACUCCACAAGCACCUGAUUGACUUCACCGAGAACCUUAGCGAGAACCUGAAACACGAUCAGUAUUACCAUAAAUGUGAGCUGGACGGCGACAGAGCUGCUCAGAAGAACCCAACAUUUUCUAAGAAGGAGUCUGACAAACGAAUCGAUGAUCUUCACAGCGAUUCCAGUGGAGUCUCUUCGUCAGAAUCUGCGGGUUUAACCAGCAUCUUGGUCUCUAAAAAGAGUAAGGAUAGAUCUGAUACAGGUUAUCUGAAGGGCAAGAUCAAAACAACGACAGAGGCGUCCUCGAAGCUUCUCGCUGCCGCAGCGAACGUGGCUAGUUCCCUGGAGGACGCUGUUGGUACGGCGAUCCAGAAAACGCACAGUACACAUCCGAGGCAAAUCGCACAAGAAACGGUCGAGGGUUCGAAAGCGAAAGAAAAGUCCAGCAUUCAGUUACCGGAAGUGGACAACACGUGGAACGAGGAAUUCCGCAAGCACCUGAUUCAUUUCACGGAGAACAUCGGCCAAAGCGACCAAAAGAUCCCGGAUGAUCCUUUCGUUUCGAAAACGAAAGACGAGGCUCCUUCCUCCAAAUCCGUCAGAUCCUCCAAGUCUAAGUACAACGAUUUAUCCAACACGAUCGCCUGGCUGAGUAACGCCAACAACGGCUUCCACGAGCACCCCGACAAGAUGGAGUCGUUAGACGUAGAGGAUCCAGUUCGCAACAAGAUGCAACGAAGCCCAUCCGACGACAUCAUGGACUUCGUGAUGGUGUCCAAUACCGGCGAGUUCAUGAACGAGAAAGAGAACGUCACCUCGGAGAAACCUGUGCCGGAGAAGCCGUACCUGAGGUCUGCCAACUCGAUAACGUCCAGCGACAUGGGCGAGUCCAUCGACAACACCAUCAGCUUCAGCAGUCGCGCGGAGUCCACCAGAAGACUUUGCAGCAGCAUGGUGUCCUUACUGUCCAACAACACCACGGAGUACCCCAAGUCGUACGCGGAGAAACGCAGGCUCCAGAUCCAGAGGAGGUCAGCAUCGGAGGAGGCGCCAUCCAGGUAUCCUGACAACAGCAAACGCAGCACCGACUGUCUGGUGACCACGACGGGCAGCAACCACUCACUGAGUGGCUCGUCGUCCCAAGAAUCGUUGACAUCGGGCCGCGGAGGCGGCGCCAUCACCUACCAUCAGUACUAUCACGUGUUCAGGGAGGGCGAGCUGGACCAACUGAUCAACAAAUACGUGGAGAACUUGCACAUUAUCUCGUCCUACUACGACCACGCGAGCUGGUGCAUCGUCGCGGAGAAGGUGCAGGUCUGGACUAUAUGACUCGAGGCCUAUGCUCGAGGCUCAAUCGUUGGCGCGUUCUUAUCCCGUGAAUCUCGGCGCCUAACGCGCACUCAUGCCACCAGAUAGAUCCAAAGAAGGUAAUCGGUUUGCGAGCCACAGGUGUACUUUGCGCCAUACUGAAUGUUUCUCGUUUCAGUUUACCCGAAGGCCGAUUUCUCCGCUGCUGUAAUAGAAUGCACGACGCGUACUAACAAGGGAACAUCCCAACCCGGAAAUUCAACGUUAUGAAACUAGGAAUAUGUCGAGUGUAUACAGACUUUCCUAUUUAUAUCGACCCAUUCGAAUAUCUUUGAAAAUAUUGAUUAUGCAAACAAAUAUUUUAGAUAAAAGUUACGCGGACACGUAGGGGAGAUAUGAAGGUCAUGUUCUUUAAUGCUUCGUUCGAUGCAGCUCGUUAUUCUGUACAGAAAAGUAUUAAGCUACUUAUGGAGAAACGUCAUUUUAAUAUUUUGCAAUAUAUUUGCGUGGAUUGAUUUAAAUGAGUCAUCUUGUAUAUGCUCUACAUAUUCCUGCCUCAAGUUUUAUAAUUGUUCUAAUUUCCAGGAUGGUAUGUUUUGUCGAGAUAUAUUGACGCCUCUUUUAAACUCGUUUCGACUUGUGGUCUUAGUGUCGAAUGGCCGCUGCCUGUUGAGGAUUUCUAGUCAAGUUCGAGCAAGUGGGUCAACAGCAAUUCAAGUAGCCACUUGAAUUCAGUAUUUAGUCGGAGCCAUUUUGGUCACUCAUGGUCAAUGAACUUAGUCUCAUUGUGCGUAGAAGAAUGAAAGAUUAUAGAAGAAAGAGAGGAAUACAAUAAGUAACUAUAAGAAGAAUUUACUUAUGC